AUGGAUUCGUCGAAUAAAGAUUGUAAAAAAGUACACGUAGAUAUUUAUGCAAACUAUCCGAAACGAUCAUCCUGGAUCCCUAUUGAGGAAGAUGUUGGCGUAAAAACAUUUAGCCUGUUAGGUGCACAUGAAUUUAGUGAUGCAUCAACCAUCGAUCAUUAUGUAGGCUUUACUUUAUCGAGAUUGAUAUAUAGUAGAUAA